AUUGUUAACACCAAGUAUUUUAAAGAAUUUAAAACUUUCAAAGUACAAAUAAAAUAAAACAUUAUACAGCAAUAAUUGUUCAUAAGUUUAUCAUAAUUAUUGUAAUAUGCCUUACUAUAAUAGACCGUAUAGAAUAUUAUAGCUGAGUGACUGUUUUAAUGCAUCGCAUAGAUUACAAUCUACAACAUUAUUCAAAUGGUUCCUAAUAUUUUUUCCUUCAUUGGUUUCUGGUAUAUAUAUAUGUACAGUUGAAAUCGUGCUAACAAAUGACGUAAACGCUUGUCGUCGGCCAAUGGUAAGGCUCGAUCACGUCGCGCAAAACCACCCCCUAGAAUAUCUCGCAUAAGAGAAUCUUUAGGACUAUUGGAUCUGAUACUUACAAGUGUCAGUUGUACGUUGCACUUAUUUCGUAAAACCUUAGUUACUGACAAAAUUUAACUAGUCAUAAAAUGGCUAGAAAUUCGGAUUUUGCUUCUUAUUGUAAUAAUCUGUUACACGAUCAUAGUGAUUUAAUGAAUUUCGAUAACCUGAGUCAUGACAGUCCCAUGGAACAGCUUGUUUAUUAUGAUUUACAACCUGUAUCUGAAAAUAUUAAGGAAAGUUCAUACAACAUGCAAAACAGUACCCGACUGGCUUCAUCUACGGCAGACCUAAGUAUGGAUUUGAGUGGAGAUGAACAUUACAAAAACAAAAGGAAAGCAUCUACACAUGGUAGCGAUUUUGAUGAUGACAACAAUGAUGAUUCAAGGUCUGUUCGAAAUGACAAUAACAAAAAACAUAAUCACAGUGAGAUUGAGAAACGUAGAAGAGAUAAGAUGAACUCUUAUAUUACCGAGCUAGCUAGUAUGAUACCAAUGUGUCAUACUAUGCCACGAAAGUUAGAUAAACUGUCUGUACUCAGGAUGGCCGUGCAACAUAUGAAGACAAUUCGAAGCACAGUUAAUUCAUACACCGAAGGUCAUUAUAAGCCUUCAUUUUUAUCUGAUCAAGAUUUGAAAACUUUAAUCACACACGCCGCUGAAGGUUUUGUUCUCGCUGUAAGUUGUGAUCAUGGGAAGAUACUUUAUAUAUCGAAAUCCGUGACUCAGGUUCUGAAUUAUAUGCCGGAGGACUUGGUUGGAAAUAAUGUUUUCGAUUAUAUCCAUCCUAAAGAUGUAGCUAAAGUAAAGGAACAACUUUCCUGUUCAGACUUUGGCCCUAGAGAUAAAUAUAUCAAUGCAAAUACAAUGUUACCGGUCCGUGCUGAAAUGAUGAAUACAUUGUCAAAAAUGUGUAGUGGAGCUAGGAGAUCAUUCUUUUGUCGAAUGAAGUGUAAAGUAUAUGAUAUAAAAGAAGAAGCAGACACGACUACAGGAUCAAAGUACACUCAAUCAGAUAGACGAUAUAAUGUAAUCCAGUGUACUGGUUACUUAAAACCCUGGACACAGAUAAAUGAAUGUGAGGAUGUAUCUGGGAAGAGUUUGGGAUUAGACGAAGAUAAUGAUGGUAAUGGUGUUGGAGGGGAUUCUGGAUCUCCAAACAAUACAUCGUGUCUGGUAGCCGUUGGUAGAAUUAUUAACAAUUUGGCUUCUUCUUCACUUUUAUCGGACAUAGUAAAACCACCAUGUUUUACCUCAAAACACACAAUUGAUGGAAAAUUUCUGUCCGUGGAUCAAAGGGUGACAUAUAUUGUUGGUUUUUUACCUCAAGAAUUAUUAGGUACUAGCAUGUAUGAAUACUUUCAUCAAGAUGAUAUUGCUAGACUUGUAGAUGUCCAUAAAGCAACACUGCAAGAGUGUAAGCCAAAAGAUACUGAGAUUUAUAAAUUCCGGGCUAAAAACAAAACAUUUGUAAGCUUACGGAGUUCGUGGAAAAGUUUUCGAAAUCCUUGGACCAAAGAUAUAGAAUUUAUUGUUGCUAAUAACAUUUUGACUAGGACAGAUUUCAAACCUGAUAGCAGCAACAAAUCAGAAUGUUCUUCACAAGGACAAUCUCAAAACAACUAUGAUGGUUUUACAGAUCAGCAAUUGUCGAAAAACCAACAGCAGCUAGGUAAUAGAGAAAUACAAAACUUGAUUACUUCACAUAUAGAAGCAAAUAAAAUCGGAAGACACAUUGUUGAUACGACUUUAGAUGUAAAAAAGGCAAUGUGUGAUACCGACAGUUCUCCUCCAAACUCUCUAAAGGAUACAAUAGAAAAAGAGUCCAACAAUGACCGUUUACAGUUUCUGAGUUCACCGCUGGCGAUGCUCAACGAACCAGGCACGUUGUCGAGUAGUGGUGGCGACGGUGGCAGUGGCGAUACAGAUUCGUCGUACACCGCGAUUCAGGACAGCGUGAAUCUGUUGAACUCGACCAAUACCAAUAAUGACUCGGAGAACAUGCUCGGUGAAAUAAUGACAUCGUCCCCACAACAGUUAUCUAAUUUGGGAACUAACGACGAAGCCGCUAUGGCUGUCAUUAUGAGUCUCUUGGAAGCCGAUGCCGGACUAGGUGGACCUGUUGAUUUUUCCGGGUUACCAUGGCCUCUGCCGUAACGCGUAUAAUAAUGAUUCAAUCAAUUGAUUAGUUUUUCGUGCAGUGGAAUGUAGUAUUAUUUUUGCAUAUUAUUAUUCAAUAUAAGCUACCUAUGUUAAUUAUUUAAAUUAUAUAAAAAUCAAUUUUGAGAAAAAUAAUUUAGGAGAAUUGUUUUUAGCCAAUUGUAUAUUGUAUAUUAAGACCUUUGUUAACUUUCUGUUACUAAUACAUACAGAAGUUAGUAAAAGUCUAGGAACUUGAAAUUAUAAAAUAAGUACAAGUUAUACACAUUACCAUUUAUAUAUCCAUUUAUGUUUUUAUUAUUAUCUUUUAUUAGAUUUGUAUAUAUUGUAAACGUGUGUUUAUGUUUUUUGUAAUUUUAUUUUAUUCGAAUGUUUUAUUUGUUGGGUCAUUUAAAUUUAUCAUUUAACUGUAGUAUAAUUGUUAAUACUCAUCCAAGAUAUUAUUUUAAUUACAUUUACCUUCUUAUAUGUUUUAUUUAUUUAUGGAAUUUAUUUUAGAUGCUGAGUGGAGCGAAUGUAUUGAUUUUACAAUAAUAUGUGUUUUUUUUUUUAAUUUAAAAUUUUUUUCGUGUCUGUUAUUACUUUUUAGGACAGUAAAAAUAUUAGAUUUUUUUCAACAGUAUCUUUUCUAAUAGAAACAUAAAUCUAGUUGGUACUUUGAUGGUCAAAAAAUUCCAAAUAGUUUUCAAAAACGCCGGAAAAAACAACAUCAAAAUUAAGGAAAAACGGGAAUUUUUACGCAAAAUCGGUUUUUGACAUAAUCGAUUUUAGUUUUUAUUGUAAGACUACAUGACAUUUUCUAUGGUUAUUUAUAUUGGCAUUUUCUAUACACAAUCAAAUAUUCAAAAUAUUUUGAUUUGUUUUGAACUGUUUAUACAGACAUUUUCAGUUUCCAAUUUUUAAAAUUUUUUUUUCUAUAAAUGUCAAUACAAUUUUAUUUGUUGGGUAAAAAAGUUUGAAAAUGUAAUUCAAUAUUCCUCAUAAGUUAUCUACUUUAAUCAACAAAAUAAAAUGUCUACCUGAAAGUCAAAUUAAAUUUUUAUGAACGUUUGAAGUUUAAAUUUUUACAAGAUUGUAUAUUCACUCGAUUUCUGAUGUGGUGAUUUUUUUAUUUUGCUGUAAUUCAAGAACGAAUAAUCGUAGAUACUUGAAAUUUAUACCAUAUGUUUAUUUUAUCAUUCCUAUACAUGAUCACAAUAUUUCGACUCGUUUUGAGCUGCUUACGGACAUUUCUAGUCUACAAUGUUUUCUUUUCUAUAAAUGUUAAUAAAAUUGUAUUUGUUGGUUCAAAAUGCGUGAAAAAUCAAUACAAGGCUUCUGAUAUAUUUUUACUGUAUAGUAGUUAAAAAAUAUUAAAAAUACAUAGACAUGAUUUUUUUAUAAGCAUUUAUAAAGUUAUUAAAAUUUAUAAAUUAUUCAACUUCUGUAUUUGAGGAUUAAAAAUGUAAAACAAGGUUCCACUAUGGAACCACACUAUGUAUGUAGGUUAUUCUGUAACCAAAAAAUCUCAAAAAUAUAAAAACACUGUUUUUUUAUAGUUAUUUUAUGUUGAAAUUUGACAAAUGUACAUAUUAAAUAACAAAGAAUAACGAUUUUAGUUAGUUUGUUGUAAAUUGUAAUUUUAUAAUAUUAAUCCAACUUAUCACUACUUAUCCAACUUAUUCAACUUAUCGGCUACCUACCGUAUUAAUAAUAAGUAACAACAAUAGGUAUAAACAAAAUAUAAAUUAUCCACACUGACAAAUCGUCCCCGCUCACAAUCGUUUUUCGUAU